AUGAGUUUGCCAAUAAGAAAUCUGCUUGUGGCUAUGGUCAAAGAACGACAGAAAACUAGAACAGAUGACGAUGAUGAUGAUGACAAUGUACAUAUCCAACAAUCGAAUUCUCAAUGGCCAAAAUUAUUCGAAAUUUAUUUUCUAUCAUCUAAAUCACGUCUAUCUCAAACAAUAACAAAUACAACUAGUGAUGAUGAUCUUGUAUUUUUUGUAACACGCCAAAUGCAGAAUGAUUUUCAUCAUCCAUUGCAUCUUGUAGAAGUUUUUCGUCAUCACGAUAGUAAACGUUUACCAACAUUAGGAGCACUAGAAUAUGAUUGGGAAGAAACAACGAAUCUAAAUCUAGUCCUUCAUCAAUUUGAAUAUACUGUUACAACAGCUGUAUGUACUAAAACAAGUAGUAGGCAUCUACAAAUUCUCAAACGUUUAUCAACAAAAGUGUAUGCUAGUCCAUCACGACGGGAUAUGGAGAGUAAAGGAACAGAAGAAAAAAUAACUUAUCCAAAUAUUUAUUUUACCGUUGAUAAUUUCGAAGAUACUUUUUGUGAAAUGAUUGUGAAUGAAGGCCAGAUGGUAUGCGUGGAAUUAGUUGCAAGGAAUCCACAUUUAAACGAACAAAGAGUAUUAUUUCUUGGUUCGAUUAAAUAUGAAUCAUUGAGAAAAGUCUAUGAAACUCGAGCAACAACAAGUACUCGAGUAGCUCAACGUAUGUCAUUAGGAAUCUAUUCAAAACGACGAGUGGAAUUUGUUCGAAUGCGUGGACCCAAUGGUAAAGGUCAUGCCGAAAUGGCUGUAAGUCGAUGUCGACAAAUUCAAUCAGGUAUUACAACACCCGAAUCGAUUCCUACGACGCCAAUGUCAAGUAGUUUUGAUGAAGAAAGCUGGAAUCAACGUCGUGCUCUCGAUAAUAUUUCAAUUGGCCGAUGGAUACCACCAACCACACGACAACAACAAUUAAUAUCGAAUGUUACAACGCCUGAAGUUGAAUCAACCGAUAUUCGGCAAGAAUUAGCUGAUGAAACUGGUGGCUUUCUUGGUCGUACUCUUAGUCAAGCUAUGAAUUGGAUGCGUGGUUCAACAUCACGUUUGAAUCAACCCAUGCAAACCCUUCCACUACAAACAUGCCUGACAUACUUAACAUUGCCAUGCCAGUUUAUUGUGAAAGAUAUACUUGAAUCAAAUCAAAUGCCAAUUCUUACAUUUUAA